AUGCUUAUCGAUGGUGAGAAGUGGGCCUGUGAAGCUUGCGUCCGGGGUCACCGGGUCAGCAGCUGUCACCACAGCGACCGCCCUUUGACCCACAUCAACAAAAAAGGCCGCCCAGUCUCUCAAUGUUCCCACUGCCGCGGCCUACGCAAGUCUCGGACUACCCACGUCAAGUGCGAGUGCGGCGACAAGAAAAAGAAAACCGACUCGUCCGAUUCUCAUUGUGACAAGCGAGAUCUCAAGCAGGACUCCCUUCACCGCUGUGGCUGUUGCCAUGGCCAGCGCUGCAUCUGUGCGCUGAAAAAGGAACCGCAUCUAGAUAGCGUGCCAGAGGCAGGCUUGCCCGUGCCUCACCCGGUUCCUGCUGAGCUCCCUAGGAAACCUCAUCUCACGUCAACAAAGUCCGAAUCGACGCUGACGAUCUUCCGUGACGGUCACCAUAAACCCGCCCACAAGCAUAAUGACAUGGCCCACAAGUGUGGAUUGCCCUACACAAUCCCACGAUCACAUACCAUCCACCACCCCUCCGACAUGCCUCGUCGGUCUGUGGACCAUUUGCCGUUGACACAGUCGGCAUUCGUUCAAGAACCUCUCAGCCUCUCGAUGGAUCCUCUACCUCAGUCGCAACAAACGUCACAGCAUGGUUCGCCCAACAGCGUUCCUUCUGCCGGCACUGACGACAUUGCGACUACGACCUGUCUCGAACAAGCCUUCCUGGACAGCUUUGCUACUCCUGCUCUCCCGUCGACGGCCACAAUGGACCCGUCCAUAGACGGUACCUCCAAUAACCCGACGUCCGCCCCUGCCACCAUGGACAAAUUUCCCCUGGAGCAAAUCAUUACCAGUGUUCCCCCGCCUCUCGAUGUCACGACCUUUUCCACCUUUGCGACUACGUCCAAUAAUUCCCCGAUUACCUGCAUGGCUUUCCAAGAUCCCUACCACGACCCGUACUUUACUUCACCGGACUCGGAUGUGCCUCUCGGUCCGACCGGUACGGGUGCGCCAUCAGUCGACUGGUCCAGUUUCCCGUUGUACUCGGAUGUCCCUGCUUCUACCAGCACGCAAACACCGUCCUACGCCAGUUUCGACUACACGUAUCCCUCGGGCCUGCCUCCUCCCUCGUCAUCGGGUGACAUCUCCGAGGUUGACGAGUUCGGACCGCUGCCGGGACUGGGACACGCGGGCAAUGACAUGCACGAUCUGCACAGCGUGAGCGAAGCCUCGGACAUGGACCACCUCCGCGUCAGCUCUGCGUCAUCAUUGGUCGGUCUGCCCCAGGCCCAGCUCCUGUCCUCCAAUGACCUGGGAUCGAUCAACAUCGAUGAUUUCCUCAAGUCCGCAAACGAGUCCACCGCUGCGCUCGAGCAUCAACUGCAGGCCACCAUGGGCAUCGAUCCAAAGCCCACUCCCGCGCCAGAGCUCUACUCUCUGUCGCAGGCGCCGGACUCGGUACCCAUCUGGCCGGCUAGUCUCUUUGAUACGACAGGACCUGCGUCGCCUCUGGAGGGGGAAUACUUCCCCCAGUCGUGGGCGCAAUAG